GCAGUUCUGGGUGAAUUCUUCUUCCUCCUUUGGGCUCUACUUCUCCUCCCACUGAACCCAUGGCGUCGCUCUCGAACACCUUCCCAUCGUCCUUUUGUUCCCAAUCCCGCUCUGGUUUGUUCGCCGCUCGGCCCCAAAGAUGCCCCCUGUCGAUUAGGAGGAGAGGGAUCGCGUAUGCUUCGUCCGGCUCUCCUCGUCGCUCGCUUGUCUGCGAAGCCGUCUCCGUGAAACCGCAGACGGAGAUCGAACGCCUCAACAUAGCUGAAGAUGUGUCUCAGCUUAUAGGGAAGACACCAAUGGUAUAUCUAAACAAUAUUGUAAAGGGGUGUGUUGCAAACAUCGCUGCCAAACUUGAGAUUAUGGAACCUUGUUGCAGUGUUAAGGAUAGAAUAGGGUAUAGUAUGAUAGCCGAUGCAGAGCAAAGGGGGGUUAUAACUCCUGGGGAGAGUAUAUUGGUGGAACCAACAAGUGGUAACACAGGGAUUGGUCUUGCGUUCAUUGCUGCUGCCAAAGGAUACAAACUGAUAUUGACCAUGCCUGCAUCUAUGAGCAUUGAAAGACGAGUUCUGCUGAAAGCUUUUGGAGCAGAACUUGUCCUCACAGAUUCUGCCAAGGGCAUGAAGGGAGCAGUUCAAAAGGCAGAAGAGAUCUUGAACAAUACACCUAAUGCUUAUAUGCUUCAACAAUUUGACAAUCCUGCAAAUCCAAAGAUACAUUAUGAGUCUACUGGUCCAGAAAUCUGGGAAGAUACAAGAGGGAAGGUGGACAUUUUUGUAGCUGGUGUUGGGACAGGUGGAACUAUAUCUGGAGUUGGUUGUUUUUUGAAGGAAAAAAAUCCUAACAUCAAGGUCAUUGGCAUUGAGCCUUCUGAAAGCAACAUUCUUUCAGGGGGAAAGCCUGGUCCACACAAGAUUCAAGGCAUUGGAGCAGGUUUUGUACCAAGGAAUUUGGACCUUGAAGUAGUUGAUGAAAUUUUGGAGAUAUCAAGUGAUGAAGCUGUUGAAACUGCAAAACAGUUAGCACUCCAAGAAGGAUUGCUGGUUGGUAUUUCUUCAGGAGCAGCAGCAGCUGCUGCCAUGAAAGUUGCAAGGAGACCAGAAAAUGCUGGGAAACUUAUAGCGGUUGUAUUCCCAAGCUUUGGCGAGAGGUACCUUUCCUCUGUCCUUUUCCAGUCGAUACGAGAUGAAUGCGAGAAGAUGCAACCAGAGCCCUGAAGUAAAUUUCUAUGGUGUGUAUCUUGGAUAUUCAUAUUAAUUCAAACAUUAAUUGGGGUGCAAGACACAAGAUUCUAAUUAAGAAAUGAAGUACUUGCACUACCAUCAAUCUUAAUUGCAUUGGCUAUUGCAACGACAGAAACAAGUUGAGAAGCUUUUACUUGUAAUCAUGAGUUAUUUUCCACACAAUCUUGGCAUAAAAUAGAGCAUUUGGGUCUAUUAGCUGAG